AUGGAAGCAGGAGAGCGAGAGUACACCUAUCUCAGUCUCUCCGGUAAGUAUAUGAAAUGUAUCGACGUCAUCGGAUCGAUUUUCUAUCGCACUCUAUGGCAAGCUGGCAUCCAGGAGCCACGCAAGUUUGCGAGUGACGAGGACCGGGACUUUCUCCUGCAGGCAUAUCGUUCGCUCAAGCCGAGAGAAGGCAUCGUCGAGUGCUGGGACCGGCUGCGUAAAGCUGGCUUCAAGGUCUGGUGCCUGACUGCUGGCGAUACAGCCCGUGUUGCAGGUUACCUCAAGGCUGGUGGAAUUGAUAUGCCUGAAGAGAACUUCGUAUCUUGCGAUACUAUUGGCAUUGGAAAACCCGAGCCUUCAUCAUACAAAUACCUGCUUGACAAGUUUGAUCAAAACGGCUUGGAAGCGUGGUUCGCUGCUGCGCACAUGUGGGAUGCUGCUGGCGCAAAACAAAAUGGCUUCAAGGGUGCCUGGUGUUCAGCAUGGGAAAAGGAACCAUGUGCAGAUAUCUUUGGUGAAAUGGAUGUGACAGCACCAACUCUGGUAGCCAUGGCAGAUGGUAUCAUUGCAGCUUCUUCAAAGCAAGGUCCAUAA